GUUCUAUCGCGACUCGUCAUUUGAACGCCCGCUGUGCCCGUACAGGUCCCCUCCAACUCGGCACUGCGUACCCACACCGAGUACUGUCGAGCGCAGUGCACAGCCUCUGCGUACAGGGCAAGGAUUUCGUUUUGAACAGAGAGGAGAACCUUUCGCCGACCGGAUUCGACGAUGGAAUUGUAAGCAGGGUGACUGUCUAGCUGGGAAGAGAACAUCAUACAGAGGGAGCGUCUACUGCGGGAGCCGCCGUGUUUAAUGAGUGCGUCACAGAGACACAAGCCCGCGACUUUCACAUCCCAUCUCCAACCCAUUAGUCUCGCAGCCACUGAGAUGUGAAGGCUGCCUCCCGGAUAGACCUCUCUCAAGGACACAACUAGCACUCUGACAAAAGGAUGGAGACGAGACAGAACCAAAGGAGCGUAAAAAUGGAUGAUAAAUGCGCCAUUCUGGUGACGGAGGAAGCUCGUGACAGAUCUGGCUGCCGACGCCGUGCCCACAGCGCCGAGAAGGGAUCAAUAUCGCGCCGCAUUGACAAGGAGGACUCUCCCUCGGCGGUUUGAAAGGCGCUAUCGAACAGUUUUAGUACUCUCUGGCGAGGUGACGCUUUCAGCAGGUGGCUUUUGAUGUCAGCGGAUUGCAAAUCAUGGACUCCCAUAUAAAGUGAGGAAAUUGGUUAAGCGUCAAGUCACGAGAAAGUCUGUGUAACGGAUAUUUCAGCUGGAUGGGAUAGUCGACAUUACGGGAAAAAAACGGCACAUUGUUGCGUUUAUCUGGGUGAAGGAAAGAGUAGCGCUCAUUGACAGCUGUUCGCAUGAUACCAACUUCUCUACUAGUCCGAAGUGUCGGCGGAUUUGCCACGGGAAUCAGCGUUUCGCAGCUGGCACGCUCAGAACCGCCAUUGUUCCAACCGUACCCUCAUCUUGUAGGGAUUAUACCUUCACACAGCGCGGUGAAAUAUUCCCUUUCAUUAAGUGAAGACCAGCGCUCUCAUCCAUUCAGCACCAAGAAGGUCGUGCCAAAAACAUUCUUCUUGGUGGACUUAACGAGAUUAGAUUCUUAUACCGAAUGAUGAACUGACUUCUCUUAAGCCACGGGGCCAACGGAGCUUUGUUCUCUACUUUCCGGAAGACUUAGCAACUUGGUGUGAAAUAUACAGCUUGGAACGUGUGGCAAUGAACUUCCGCACCCCUGAGAAAUAAGGAAUGAUUGCCUGGCAUUUGGAGGGGUGUUUUUCUGUGCUCCCACCUGUUCUCGGUGAGUAAUAUAGAACUCACGUGAAACCACCGUUAUCUAGUAGCCAAGCGAGUAAUGCUAACUAACGGGUAUUGAGUGGUGAACUUUACGUCCUUCGUUGCCGUGGAAAGCUGGUAAAUUUAUUUUGCAGACACUUGAUAAUGGAGAGACAUCCAUUGUUGCAUCAGGGUUAUUCACGACCUGCCUGUGGACACCAAGAAGAAUAUGGCCAAACGGAGAGUACGGGUAACCAGAGGUAGUAUUUAAAGCUGACGGCGCUGGUAUCUUGGAGAAUACAAUGUCUUCACCUUCGGGUUCCAAUGAGUGGUGCUACGUGCUUAUCCUGACCAUGCUGUGGACCUGUAUCGAACCGCAGUCCUGUCCUCCGCCGUGUGUGUGUAGCGGGAGACCUUUCCCUAAUCCUGACCAAAAUGUGUCCUGCCAAAAUCUCGACCUAAGCACCAUUCCUGACGGACUUCCAAACAGUGCCAGAAUCUUGCGUUUAGGAGGGAAUUCUAUCAAGACAAUAACGUCAGAUCGACUUAGUGAGCUUCAGGAUUUGCGGACGUUGGACCUGAGUGCAAAUCUGAUCUCGGACAUCGCUGAGAACGCAUUUGCAGGAUUGGUGAGUCUCCACACACUCGAUCUGACUGCGAAUAAGCUCGAAUCUAUUUCUUCAUCAAUGUUUGAGGGGUUGGAAAACUUACAGAACCUAAGUCUGAGACGCAAUCCUGUGGUAUGUCUCAGAAAGUAUACAUUUUCUGCCAUCCCGUCUUUGAGGUUCUUAGAUUUAGGAGAGUUGACCAAACUUCGAGCCAUUUCAAAGAGAACAUUUUACGGAAUACCGCACAUAGUGAAUUUGAAUAUGGCCAGGUCUAAUUUGAUUGUUGUGCCUUAUAUGAAUUACUUAAACAACACGGCAGAGUUGGACCUCUCUCGCAACAACAUAACGGCGGUAUCAGCAGUUGACUUCCAAGGACUAUCCCAACUCAGCAAGCUUGUAUUGUCAUCCAACAAAAUAUCAAGAAUCCAGAGAAAUGCUUUCGACGAUCUGUCUUUGCUCUCUGACUUGGACCUGUCCAACAAUUCGUUGACGAUGCUGCCGUAUGGUCUGUUUGAUAACAUGCUGUCUGUUGUAAAGAUCGAUCUUCGUGACAAUCCCUGGAGCUGCACCUGCGAAGCGACUUGGUUGAGUCAGUGGUUUAAGGAUAAUAUGAACGACAAUUCUCGGACUACUCUGUGUGGGAAAUGCAGAUCCCCUUCAGCAUGGAGGAAUACGGCGAUGUGUGAGGUACCUCUGGAGAGCCUCAAGUGUUCCCCACCGAGGAUUACUGACACUCAAGGCCUGGUCAACGUGUCGGAAGGUGAUAGCACUGCGCUUCUCUGCCGAACCACGCGGGACGCCGGCAUAAACUGGAUCACGCCAAACGGGACGAACAUCAACAAACGAGGGGCAUUCAAAGUGCGUAUCAAGCUGACGCCAGAAGGAAAUUUGAACAUCACCAACGUAAGCAAAUCCGAUGAGGGUGUCUACCGCUGUAUAGCGAAGAAUACAGCUGGCAUUUCAGAAAUAGAUACCGUGUUGAAGGUACCCGGGAGACUACCGGUUUCUGUGUCAGCUGCGACGGAGAUGCCGGUCAUCGAAGAGCUGUUGGAGGACCAGUUUGACUCAGCCAUAUGCGCUGUUAGUACCACCCUGAAUGACAGAUCGACGCCGAAAUCCAUACCAGUGCCUCCGGUGAGAGUAAGACCAAAGUUCGUUCCGCCGACGGACGACAUUUUCAUUGCGCAGCCAGACUCUGGUAAAGACUCGUCAACAGUAGAUCACAAGAUGUAUAUCAUAGCCUCUAUAUCGUCCGUUGUAGCACUGGGAAUCGUCAUCUGGGUAACAGUCAUCGUAACCAAGAAGUGCUCCAAGUGGAAACGCAAGAGAAAAAUGAUGAAAAAGAAAAGAAUGGACCGAAAACAGGUGGACUGCCCCAGCACACCCACUUGUUUAAAAAGCAUAGAACAAGAUGAACCUAUCGAACUCCCUGACGUCUACAAUAUUUGUAAUGGCGGUAGCUUUUAUACCAAAGGCGUGAUGGCAUUCCCUACCGAAGAGACCAUAGUUUAAAUAGCACGAUCACUGACUACAUAAUUUUCUAUCUAUAUAAAAGACAUCAAAGAGUGUUGCCUUUAAUUUUGAUCUAUUGAAUGUACAGUUUAUCUGGGAAAAGCAGAUUUGUCAUUAUGGUUUUUAUCAGUGGCUAACAUUUAGCAGAUCUGGAUUUUUUAGAUAUGAUGUACACACUGUAAAUAAAAGAUGAUGACGUUUUCUUAC